ACUCCUGUUCACUAGGAGGCGCCAAAGUCUGGGCGAACCGGAGGAGAGGGCGCGAAUCAAGAUGGCGAUUGGACAUGCAGGCAAAAACAAUGUUCUCUCAUCUGUGCUGCUCCAAAUCCUGCUGUAUCUUUCAGCAGCUUUCAGUGUGUUUUACUUCCUGUCCACCCUCUCCAUGAUCAUCUACAAGACUCAUGUGUUGAGUUACCCUGUUGGGCGGCUCGCUCUAGAUGUGUGUCUGCUGUUUCUUAUGGCCGGUUUUGAGGUCCUGAGGGUGUACUGGGGAAUCAGGGGUAACCUGCAGGAGAGCGAGGGCUACACAGGUUCGAAUCUGAUCGCUACAGGGGCCACAGUGCUGCUGGCGCUCUAUUUUGUCAUUUGGCAGUCGUACGUCCUGCGAGCGGAUGUCAUCAUUGGCGCCAUCUUGCUCUGCUUGUACGGCCUGACAGGAAUCGCGGGGCUUGGGACGCUGGCACGCUUCACCAGUGCUUACUCCUGACUCACAACAUCUCUGUGGCUACAGCUGACAGGCUGCCGGAGAUUUUAAUUGCUAUGCAACGGACUUCAGUUUCCUUAUCUGUAAAUCCAAGUUUGAUUACAAUUUGUAAUCUGUCAUAUAGUAUUUUCAUUAAACCUGUUUGUUUUUAAACAAUACCCUGAUGUAGAAUUGAACAGCUUUUUCUGGAACACUUACUUGCAGGGCCUAAAACUAACUUUUUGCCACACCUGCCAAUGGCCAGUGACUUAAGAAAAUUUACUGGCCAUAAAUAUUUUUUACUGGCCAUUAAAGUGUUUUUGCAAAAAUAGCCGAUUAUGACACCAAAAUUUUAGAUACCAGUGAAAAUUCACCACAGAUAAAACUACUAGCCUAAAUAAUAUAAAUUUAAAACAUUAUGAAAGACAAGUAACAGUAGUUUUCAGGUAGAGACAUUAAAUAAAGUAAUCAAAUGUAAAAUAACACUAGAUAGUUUUCACUUUAUUAAUUAAACAUAAAUUAAUCCUUAUUAAAGUUUCAAAGAGCAGUGAGUGAUUUUUUUUUUCUUUGUCCUUUUUUGUUUGAUUAACAUUAAAAACACAGUCAGCAGCAGAAAUAUUAGGCUGUCGUCACUUUAAGACCUAAUGCGCAGGUCUAAUAUACUGAUACUGUACACUGUUUACGUUCACUCAAGCCAUAACCGACUGUGUUUACUAGGAUACUCGCUGAGAGGGGCAUUUUUUGACAUAAUUUUGUGUGAAUAUGCACAAGAAGACAUUAAACAGAGCUCAUUUCAGUAUUUGCGCACUGUCUGUGCACGCACUUCGGAUGUUUGCACAGAACGAGCACACUUAACUUCCCACACAGCGUGUGAGUAACGAAUUGAGUUCCCUUCGUGUCUUGCACUUGACACCGUUUCAUAUACUCGCUAACAUCAAUUUUUACUCUCAUUUGGCGCUUGGUUCAUUUUAAAAUUGUUAAUUUUAGGUCCUGCUUACCUGUAUAAGACUGGAGCUUGCAUGCCAUGUGUACGUCAUUUAAAAACAGAUUUGUCAAAAAAUAUUAUUUAUUUUCUUUUUGAAGUAGACAAAGUUAGCAAGUGCACUUUAAUGUGUAAGAUCCCUGUUUCUCUUUUAUUAAAAAGUACAUUUUAUAAACUCA